AUGUCGAUGAAGACACCCCAAGGGAUGAAGAAAGGUGUGCUCACAAACGUGUGGCACAUCCCAAAGUUAUCCAGAAACCUGUUCUCGGUCGGCCGCUUCACCAAGGAUGUCGGCCCAGUGACGUUCACGAAGGAUGGGUGCUAUGGAGAAGCGAAAGGGACCAAGUGGAAAAUUGGUGCCCGUGAAGGUAAAGGACUGUUCAAGCUGCAAAUGACUCCAGUGGCGCCGGAACAAGCAAAUGCAGCCAAGUCGUCGGGAUGUCAAGGGGGCACCAAGUCGUACCUCUGGCACCUUCGGCUUGGCCACAUAGGUCACGAUGGACUCAAUUGCAUCGUGACGAAGAACAUUGGAAUUGGCAUCGACAUAUCUUCGGUGAAGAAGUGGGACGUGUGUGAAGGUUGUGCUCUGGGAAAACAGACUCGAGUGCGCUUCCAAUCAAACACUACAGCUCGCACCUCCAAACUCCUCGAAGUGAUUCACAGCGACGUAUGCGGACCGAUGUCGAUGGCAACUUUCAGUGGAAAACGGUACUUCGUGACAUUCAUUGAUGACAAGUCAAGAUACUGUGUCGUCUAUCUGCUCAAGAGCAAAUCUGAAGUUGCGGCGAAGUUCAUGGAAUACGCUGCGAUGGCCGAAACGCAAACCGGAAAGCGCGUGAAGUACCUUCAAAGCGACAAUGGGGGUGAAUACAAGUCCGACAAGCUGGCACGAUUCUGCGCGGAACGGGGAAUACAACAAAGGUUCACACCCCCAUAUACUCCUCAGCUAAACGGAGUAGCUGAGAGAAUGAAUCGCACGCUGGUCGAGUGUGCGCGUUGCAUGAUGGAACACGAUGGACUGGGAAAGAGCUACUGGGGUGAAGCAGUGAUGACGGCGAUGUUUCUUCGAAACCGCUGUCCAACACGUGCCAUUCACCAAGACAAGUCUCCAUAUCAAGUGUGGACGAUGAAGAAACCGAUUCUGGCCAACCUUAAAGUGUUUGGAUGCCACGCGUAUGUUCAAGUGCCUCAAGACAAACGCGCGAAGUUCGACUCCAAGUCAUCACUAUGUCGUUUCCUGGGAUACGCCGAACACCAGAAGUCAUAUCGAUUUGAGGAAGUGUCAACAGGAGCGAUCAAGAUCAGUCGCGAUGCCACAUUCAUGGAAGACAAGUUUGAUGAAGGUCCGCGCAACUACAACGAUGAGUCAAGUGUCGUUGAGUUUGAUGAUCAUGACGAGGACGAAGAAAAAGAAGAAGGUAAAACUGACGACGACAUGGACUCGAGCGACGAUGACAACGAAGACACCAGGUCUUCGAAGAGCAACAUCAAGAGACACACGCGCACUCAAUCACUUGAGAAAGCUACCGUCAUUCCAAGUCCCAAGCGAAGAACAUACAGAGGUCCGUCGCUUGAGCAUGUGUCAGCGGCUGCAAUGGAUUUUGAAGCAGCCUACAUCGUUGAUUCAGUGGGGGAAACGCCGACUACAUUCAAGUCGGCGAUGGAAUCAAGCGACUCCGGCAAGUGGAAAGAAGCGUGUGACUCGGAGUUCGAUUCGCUUCAGAGAAACGACACGUGGGAAAUCGUGCCUCUUCCGAAAGGUCGCAAGGCCAUCGGGUGCCGAUGGGUUUUUCGUGUAAAGGAGAAUCAAGAUGGCGAAGUUGAACGUUUCAAGGCAAGACUUGUGGCCAAAGGAUUCUCACAGAAAUUCGGAGUUGACUAUGAAGAAACUUUCGCACCGGUGGCCAAGUUCACAUCGAUUCGUGUGGUGCUCAGUAUGGCGGCCAAGUACGGCCUAAUGCUACAUCAGAUGGACGUCAAGACAGCGUUUCUUAACGGCUCCCUCAACGAAGACAUCUACAUGGACCAGCCGGACGGAUACCUGGAUGCAACACAGCCGGACUAUGUGUGCAAGCUAAAGAGAUCACUCUACGGCUUGAAGCAAUCGCCUCGCAUGUGGAACCAAACAAUCGAUGGGUUCAUGAUCAAGAUGGGAUUCAAGAAGUGCGAAUCGGACCACUGCAUCUACAUCAAGCGAGACGACCAAGACAUGAUUCUCGUGGUGCUCUACGUCGAUGAUCUCAUCCUGGCCAGCAGCAACAACGAACUCCUCAAGUCGACCAAGAUGGCGCUGAGCAAACGCUUCGAAAUGACGGAUCUCGGUGAGCUCGAUUACUUUCUCGGCAUGGAGAUCAAGAACGACCGUAAGACGGGAAUGGUGACUGUGCAACAAACCAAGUUUCUCAAGUCCGUGUUAACCAAGUUCGGAAUGGAUAACAGCAAGCCAGUGAAGACGCCUCAAGAUCCCGGCCUGAAGCCAACCAAGAACAUGUGUGAACAAGAAUGCAAGCACGAAGACACCAUGUGCAACCUGCUGCAGUGGGAUCAUUAUCCCAGUUCUCGUCCGACCCAUGCCCGACUCACUGGCAAGCUUUGA